GUGAGGAUGUGUAUGAGUCUCUGGCUCGGGUGGCAAGAGCUUCCAUAAGGCGAAGCAACACCUUUAGCAACAAGAAGUCAAGGAAACGUCAAGGAGAAGUGGAUUUACAGCAACGUGUAAGAGAACUUCUUAAUGGACAAAAGGAUAUCAACACCACAACAAGGAAUAAGGUAGUGAAGGUGAUUACAGAUCACAUUGAGCACCAUCUUGAUCUUGACAAUUUUGAGGAUGAAGAAGAGAGGAAUCAAGAGAUACGAGAACGCUUGAAGGAAGCUCUUGCUCAGGACUGGGAGACUCUAAGUAAUAUCAAUCUUGGCCAUAUAUAUGUACCUAUGGAAGACAACUCCAAAAACUCCAAAUUGUCAAGUAAAGAGAAUGCAGAUUAUGAUACUUUCGGUAGCAUUGAUUCUUUAAUUUUUGAGCCGAAGAUACCUGUUGCAGUAGAUGCACCCAGUGAUUGUGUAUUAACAAGCGAAAUAACUAUAUCAGCAAGCACUGACUGUCUCUUGGAUAAUGCUUUAGGGGAGGCCAGCAGUGGGAGUGACCCUGUUAUGAGUGCCCUGAACCUCUUAAACUAUGAUAUGAGGGAUAAGAAGGAAAAUAAUCAAGAAUCUGAGCGGACCUAUGAAGAGUCCGAAGAGGAAACCCCAUUACCAACCCCUACACCAUCUACUCCAAGAGCUGAAAGUGAACAAGAUCUACCAGUCUAUGAUACAGAGGAUGAACACCACAAUGUGCAGACAGAGAUCAAUGAAAUUCAGCAACUGUGCAAAGCUGAGACUUCUGGUUUAGCCCAACACCCAUGGCCGUGGGUUGCAGCAGGGCAAAAUACAAGACAACACACGCAAGGAAAGCCUCACUCUAAAGAAGAGAACCAAAAACUUCCUUUUAAACAAAAAUUCUUCAAAGGCCUUAAAGAGUUGGGGUUUAUAAAAGCCACAUCAAAAGAAAGUCUAAAGUCCUCAACAGUUUAUGAUAAUACUGAUGUAGGAAAAGAACAAAAAAUUGAUGAUGGUAUUACAGCCACCAGCAGCUCUCUCCAAAUUGCACGGAUGUCAAAGCUUCAGAGUGAAUUGGAAUCAAAACAACAGAAGGAUAUGAGUGGAUAUGAAUCUUUCAAAGUAAAUUUCCAACGACUUUCAGGCAAGAGACUCCCAAGUGAAGAGGAAUCGACGUAUGACUACCAUCCAGACCACAAUGAGCAUCUAUAUCACGGAGAUGGGACCACUACCACAAGCCAUGAUACAGCUGAUUCUGAGACUGAGAGCAUAACUAGUCUUGAGAGUGUUAUUUUCAAGGGCAACAUUGUUGAGGAGACAGAUGCAGAUAUGGAAGAAAAAAAGAGGAAGCGAAACCCAUUCAAACACAAGUUUGUUGUUAAUCAUGGCAAUGAAUCUGAUACAAGUGAACUUAUUGAAAGCAAGUCCCUAAGCUUUAGUACACAACCAUAUCUGGAUUCUGAUACGUCCUGGGACUACAUGGAAGCGAUGGAUGAAGAAAAGCUGGCCAUGCAACAAUACUCAGCUGAGGGGAAGUGUGAGAGAAAUUCUAUUGCUCCUGGGCCUCGUGUGUUUGGUAACCUACGCCGCAAACAUGUAUACCAGAGUGUGGAGAAUAUUGAGAGAUCAGUUCCAUCACAGUCGCCAGAAGGGGAAAAUUCUAAACUUCAGUCCCUCGACAGUGAGUGUGUUCCAACAAUUGAAGGCAUAGGUGACUGUUCUCCCUCUCCCUCAUCAGCAGCAGUUUGUCAAGGGCUGAACCUUUCUCAGUUAGAUUCAUCGCCCUCGACUGAUGAGGAGAGUGAUGGCCGACGGCUUUUUCGUGCCUACCAGCGUCGUCAGUUUCGAACACCAAGUGACCCAUCAAGGCGGGAUGCCGGUGGUAGCACCAGCACAGCUUCCCAUGAAUAUGAAGAAACAGGUGAAGCGGUGUACCAAAUUUGUGGAGGUAGCAUUAGUGGCUCAUCACAGGGCCAUGGAACUCCGCCAGUUGUUCUUCUCAAACACCAUGUGUAUCAGAGUAUUGAAUCCCUGGCGUCCAGGUCUGGUCUCUCCACUGCUACCUCUAUCAAGACACCUCCCACAGAUGAUGCACUAGAAGAACUUCAGUUCUAUGGCUCUCGACAUGGAGAGCCUAUAUAUGGCGCCAGAAAUUCACGCCUCUUUCAUUCCAUGAAUGGUGCAUUUGUAGCCAGGGAUAACACAGAUGGUUCGCGGGAUCCACCUGUUGUGAUAAGGAAGGGUAAGGUUGUGGAACUGACAGAGGAGAUGUUCAAAGGAACAUUAGAGAAAAUGCCUCAUUCACCAUUAAAUGAAAAAACAGAAGCUGAUAUAUCAUUUCACUCCACAUUAGUUCCAUCAGCUUUACAGGGAGAUGAUUGCCUGUACUUUCAAAAUACAGUAUCAUCUACAGAGUCUCGGGAAGUACACACUUACGAGAACGACAGUGAAAUCUAUGGCACUCGUAAGGAGAUACGAGAGGAGCUCCUUCAGGUAUCCAAGGAAGCAGUUGGGGAUGUAAAAAAUGAAUUAGUGCCUCCACACGAUGCUGUGAUGCAGCUAGAAAAUAAGGAAGGUCAGGAAGCUGCGGGAGGUAUUACAUAUGAGUCAACUGAAAAGAUUAAGAAGGUUCAGAAAUUAGGAGUCUCCAUCCUAGGGAAUAACAAUGACCUUAUGAUUCGUGAACUGAAACUAAAAUUAAGACGCAGAUUUAAUACUGGAGAUGAUGAUGAAGAGGAAGUUGAUGGAAAGUCUCCCACCCUCAUGAAGAGCCCACUGAAGGCUACUGUUUCUGUUGACACUACUAGUUCCGUUGCCUUCAAGCGGGAACAAUUAGCGCCACAUAUGAAUAAAAUCUUUGGGUCGUUACACGAAAAACGGCGUCAGACUAUGGAAAAUGGGGAUAGUAGAAAUGAUGUAAUUCAAAGAGAAACCUGCAAGAUAAUUGCUGAACCCCCAGAGAGUAGAAACGAGAGCAAAGAAGAAAAACAGGAAAAGAAUGAAAAGGAAAAAUGUAAGGAAAGGGAAGUAAUACGGGUGGGAGGGAAUGAUGGGGUAAUAGAACAGGUGUUUGUACCAACACCAGAUUAUACACCGGCGUCUACUUUGCCGCGUGAUCACCAUGAAGACAACUACUUGUCGGGAUUCACAGAUGAAGAAGAUUUCAGUUUUGACCUAGCUGACCUUGCUAAGUUCGUCCAUGAACAUAUUACCAAGAAUAAAACUCUGUACAGCGAUCCCGGUAAUGACCUCCCUGAUGGUUCCCGCAUAGAAGACACGGCGGCUGUCGACGAGGAGGGCGGCAGCGGCUCUCCGAAACGGUCUGUGCGCUUCGACAUGAGUAAGAACUUGGCUGAUCUAACAGCUACAUGGUCCGAUCUCGAGAGUGUCAUAUUCGCCGACGAAAAUAGUGCCCUGAUGGAGACCACCGAGAAUGGGAAGCAAGAGAAUGCUAGUCUUUUGUCUGCAGGAAAGCUGCCGUUAUCCCGUAUGGAAUCCUAUAAAGACGACUGGCUGCUCUGGGAACAACUUGCAAAGAUGAGACGCAGUAAGGUACCUGAAGACAGGGAGAGAUGGGAAGUGGAGAAGACUAAGCGCAUGUUGCUGUGGAUCCAUCUCUCCAACAACAACUACACUCAGUGGUGCUAUAGAAGUCAAUGGUGGAAGGCCAAACAGCGGGCGUCGGUGGCAUGGAUUGUGCAGAAAGCUCAUAAAAACAAGGUCCCUUCAGAUCUACAGGACCCAUACUACCGGGACUAUGAGGGAGCAGAACACCUUAAACCAGGCAUUGUGCACCGUUUGGCCAAUGCAGAUCUCUAUUGCUCUGCAUUGGCUAACAUCUAUGGAGAUCCAAACUUCCACAACUUGAGUCAUUGGAAUAUUAUCCAAGCACUGGCUAGAAAAGGGGUAUAUGUAGCUGAACCAACUGAUGUUGCUCUUACUGAAACUGUCCUUAUUCAGGUCUCACCCAUCAAAAUGUCUGCACAUUUAGCUGUGAUAGAAGCCAUGAUGGCCCUGUAUAUUCGAGAAGUGGUGGUGGCAGAACGGGCAGUGUCAGUGUUACAGCGUGUAAGUGGAGGAGUGCAGCCAGAGCGCACACCCCAAGACCAGGAGGAAGCUCUGGUCCUGUGGAUCAAUCAUAUAGCCCAAGCUUUACAGGAGCGUGUUCAUCAACAGGUUCAGAGUCAGGACCAGGAGCUGCCAGUAUUUCCACGCAUCCAAGACCUGAGUGACCUGAGUGAUGGGAUUGGAUUGGCUGCUCUUAUAGCCUUCUACUGCCCUCAGGAACUCCCAUGGGGGGAGAUAGCUGUGGCUGAUCCACCCUCUAUUGCUGACUCACUGUACAAUAUAGGCCUGGUAAUUCGAUUCUGCCAAGAAAGCCUUCCAUAUAACCCUUGUCUCCUAACCAAAGAAGAUAUUGUAUAUAUGCACAGCUCUGUGAAACAGAAUGUGUUGGCCUUUGUAGCAGAGCUGUUUUUCCUGCUUGAGUUGGAGCCUGUUUCUUGUGUGUCAUUGCCAGGCACCAGAAAGACUUCAUCCAAAUUUAUACAACUCUCAUCACCAGGUGGUGGUGGAUGCAGCGGUUGGAGUGGGUACCAGCGAAGUAUGAAGGUCAUCCCUGACCUUCGUGCAAGUCUUUCUCCCUCUUCUGCCCACUCCACCGCCUCGUCCUCAUACUCCUCAGCCCGGUCUUCCUCUCACUCACAGCAGCGAUCUCCCUAUUCCACACUCAGAGGUCGGGGAGGAGUCAAAUCCCCAUCCUCAGGGGAAAGCGGAUCGGGAUCGGGAUCGGGAACAGGGACCGGGGUGAGAAGACAACAGUCCCUGACAGAACGCGACCGACCACGCAAGGAGAGAAUCUCCAUCCAUGAGGCCAUGAAACCUGCUGGGGCACCAAGUGUAAGGAGAUCACAUUCCAUGAACCUCAAUGACAUGGCUGACAUGAGAUCAAGAAUGGAGCUGCGAAGUGAGAGGUCUGAGCAUGCACCAUCUUCAUACAAUAGUGAUUAUGGGGGCAGGGAUAGUUCUAUGAGUGAUGGACAAGAAGGAGACUUUGUUGUGCAGCGUUCCCGUGGAUUAGCUACACUCAGUGACAUGAUGCGAACUCAGCAGUCACCUCGGGCUUCACAGGAUUUUGAACCACACUACUCAUCAAGAGGUGCUGCCAAAGAAAGAUACAACAUGGACAGUAAGGAGGAAGAACUGGGAGAAAGGAGUAGAGGCCUUGUUCGUCGUGGGAGUUUCACAAACUCUCAACCUGACCUACCAGCAGCAGGCAUGCCUUCCAGAUAUGAGGAAAGACCACAUGGCCGAUCAAGAUCACGGCGCAAUUCAGUUUCUGCUGAGGACUCACAGUUAACUAUAGAAAACUUUGGGGGAAGCCAAGAUAACUUAAAUUACAUUUCUAGAAAUCCUGAUAAAGAACCAUUUGUGCAUACAGGGAGAAGAGAGAACACUACAUGGGAAGGGUCACAGGCUAGGGAAUCUCGUGAAGGAAGUGCAAGGCCAGAAUCUCGUGGCAGUCGAGAACGAAGUGUUGAAAGGCGAAGAGAUUUUGAACGUAGUAGCAUUGAUGAGCUUGAUAAUCGUUUAAUUGACAAGCUAGAAAGAGAAGCAUUAGAGCGAGAAAAGCGUGAUUCUUCACAAUACACGAGUAAAGAAAAAUUAAUGGCCCGCGACCCAAGGAAAAGUGCAGUAGAAGCUAUGGACUCUGGCAGUGAAAGUGACCUUUCCUUUGAUAGAGAAAAAAUGUCAAAGGCUACUAGCUUUGCAGAGCUUUCUAAGUUAAAAGAACAGCUUCCAGGUGGUAUUAAUAUAAUAUACAUGCAGUCUGAUAAAGAAGAUACAACCAAGCGAAGUAACAAAGGACCAGAAAAGAAAACUACUUUUGCAGCUCUCCCUAAUCAGACAACUUGGAAACAGCAGAGUGCACAGAGUCAUGCUGAUGAUAACAAGUCUGUUGGUGAUGAAAAUAUGGAACCUCAGAUAAUGGCUUCUGAGCUGCACAAUGUUAGAUUGAAAUUAGAAGAGAAGAGAAGAAGAAUAGAAUCCGAAAAAAGGAAAAUGGAACAAGCAAUGAACAAACAGAGACAGAAACUUGGCAAAGAAGCUUUCAUGCAGGCUGUUGUGAAGGGGGGUAAGGGGUCUUCCACUGGAUCCUCAACCCCCACAACAUCCGAGCCUGAGGCUUUAGACGUCAUGGUAGAUUCAGUGGAACAGUCUUUGCCAAAACCUUCUCUUACCAGCACAGCUACUCGGCCUAAUACAGACUUAUCGCUAAAGGAUAUAGGUUCAGACGUAAACAAUUUAUCACGCCGAUGGUUAGAAGGAGAAGGCCAGGCAGAUGAAUUACGCACACCAGACAUCGAUAAUAUGGACUACGAUGAGUACCAUAAAUCUCUCACACAGAUGACAGACUCCCUCACUGAGAUCCAGGGCGACAUCCAGCGACUGGCAAACCAGCAGCAGCAGAUCCAGAGCAUGAUGCACAAUGGCAUGACUCCCCAAACUAAUCAAGGGAUGCAACAACCUCCUCCUCAUGGCCAAUUUUAUCUUCAUGAUCAACAGGGCAGUCCAGUUCGGCGCAUGUGGGGCCAGCAGUCCAGUAGUGAUGGCUAUUCAUCGAUGUCCCCGGCCACCAGGCGUGCACAGUGGGGCCCAGUCAGACCAAUGAUGCCACAGGGUGACUACAUGAUGUCUGGCCAGCACCCUGGUUACUACCAAGGCUAUCAGAUGAACCAUCCUACGCAGAUGCCACCACUUAGUCAAGUUAACACCCAGCAACAGAUGGGUGGAACAGGCCCUGGUUUCAUGCUCCAUGGUCAAACCCAGUCCCAUUCUCUUCCACCCCAGGCUAUGUAUCAAAAUGGCCAGGGUUAUUAUAGCCCAGAGCACCAGUACAGAGGUUAUCCUCCUAGCGCACAAACCUAUGCCUCAGGAGAUCAGAGACAAAUGGGCCAGACACCACCCUUUAGAUUGCAUGGUGAAGGUAUUGGAGGAGAAAUGCGAGGCCCAGGUUCUGAUGGCCGAGGUCCAGGCAGUCUCCGAUCUAGUGCCCAAUCAUCACCAAGCAGACAACCUCUACAACGACAGCAGAAAUCUCCUAGUCCAACCAGACAGACAUCAGUCUCUCAUGCCCCAGUCGCUGCUCCCCCACCAGAUGACAUGGAACCUCAAAACGUUUCGUUUAUUGAAUCUGAAGACCACCCACAAGAGGAUCCUAGUGAAAGAUUUAAGAGAUUAUCUAUAACAUCAGGUAGUAAGACUUAUCGCAUCAGCCAUGAACCAGGGUCACCAACAAGACCAAGUUUAGGAGUCAAGACUUUCAGAGUUCCAACAAAGAAAGGCACCCCUGUUUAUGACGAUGUUGACCUACCCCAACCCACCCCACCGCAACGUUCCAUUACACCACCCUAUCAAGACACCUAUAGGCAUGGAGAGGAGGAGGAGGACCUUUAUUCUAUCAAAACUGAACCACUAGAUGGACCUAAACCAGAGAAAGGAUUCUAUAUAUCCUUUGAUAGUGACAGUGCCCCAAGAAAACCUAAGCCGCAGUUAAGAACAAAGAAGAUGUCCCGAAAAAAUUCCAGUCCUUCAACGCCAGCUUCUACCCCAAGCAGAGAAGAGCUUCCAGUUGUUCCAGACCGACCAAGUCGGACCUCCAAUGGUUCGUUUGGCAGCAUGAGCCAAAGCCCAAGCAUGGCCCCAAAGUCCCCCUCCCCAAGUAGCUAUCCAGCAACAUCGACGAUUGGCAGCCUUUCACCCCAAACCAAUGGUCUCUUCCAUAAUUCACCUUUGGUGACCGAGCAGGAGAACCUGCAUGAGUCCCAUACUCAGCUACCUCUUGAAGAUAUGAACACUUAUGGCAGUAAGAAACAACUAAAAGAAUCCACUGCUGGCAUGGCAUUAGUUAUUGGAGAUGACAUAGCUAAUAAUGAAAGUUCAUCUGUGUCUGAGAUGGAGAAGAAGAAGGAACGGCUGAUGAUGCUGUCAAUGAAGCGCAAACAGGAGCAAGAGGAGGCCAGACGAAGGAAAGAAAUGGAAGCACAAGAAAGAAAGGAAGCAGAGAAGAUGAAAGAAGAAGAAAAACAGCGGAAGAAAGAGGAAGAGAAAGCCCGACGAGAAGUAAUACUUGAAAGAUACAAGAUUAAAAAGGCCAUGGAGGAGGCAGAGAAAGAGGGUCGCUAUUAUGAACCCCCUCCUGGCUUCAACUUAGACCCACCAAGUUCAGCUCCAGGGAAGCAGUCUGUGCGUAUGAGAAAUAAGCCAGCAGGGAGCAAACCCCGACCCAAGACAAUGGCUCAUGCGCCCUCUGCUUCAGAUAGUGCAGAUGGAGUUCUCUCACCUAGCCAGGGAAAGAGAGGAAGCACCCAUAACAUAGCUGGGGAAGUUGGGAGGAGAGGCGAGAGCAGCGGCCAUGGCAGCAUGAGAAAGAGCAGCGGGCGUUGGGGGUCAUCACACUCCCUCUCACGUGCAGCUGGGUCUCGUGGCUCUUCCAACAGUUUAGCUGGAGACUAUCCCAGCACGACCCGCACUCUGGAACGAGGCCACACAGGCAGACGUCCCACCUCAGUUAUUGGUUACUCCUCAAUCGCCCGUGGGGGAGAAUCCAGGAAAGAUUCACUUUAUGGGUCACAAGGAAAUGGCCUUAAUUACCAUGAAGGAUACCAUGUACACGAGGCACGUCGACCAAGCCUGGCUCUGGAAGGUUCUAGAAUGAGGCGUGGCUCAGCCUCUAGCAGCUAUGGGGGACCCUCUUCGGGAUACAGAAAAUAUCGAUCCACAGGCAAUCUGAGUGGUCAGAGUGAGCAUGACAGCUUGGUUUAUCACAUGAGUGAAGACAGUGGUCUUGGCCGUGCGACUCCACCGCGGCGUGCCCCCUCUCCAGGAAUGGCACGACACUUACCAUCCCCUUCAGGCCCAGGGUCCUUACCUCCAGGCCUUUUCUCCAAGAGGAAGCAGGCUGGAUUUGAUGAUGCUGCUAGUGAUAUAUCAUCAACUGCAAGUUCGACAGCAGACUACCUGGGUCCAAGGUUAUUUAAGCAGCCGACUGCAAAAUCCAACAGAACAAUCAUACUCAAUGCUGUUGAGUACUGUGUUUUCCCGGGUGCAGUCAAUCAAACGGCCAAACACCGUGUCUUGGAGGAAAUAGCACGAUCUGAGUCCAAACACUUCCUUGUCUUAUUUAGAGAUGCUGGUUGCCAGUUCCGAGCCAUUUAUUCCUUUAAUCCUGAAACUGAAGAAGUCUACAAGCUGUAUGGAACAGGCCCAAAGCAAGUUACUGAUAGAAUGUUUGACAAGUUCUUCAAAUAUAACUCAGGUGGAAAAUGUUUUUCUCAAAUCCACACAAAGCACUUAACAGUUACUAUUGAUGCGUUUACUAUUCACAAUUCUCUGUGGCAGGGCAAGAGGGUCAACUUGCCAUCCAAAAAGGACAUGACACUUGUAAUCUAAGUUUCUUAAUAAACCAGCUUCUCAUAUAGAAAGACCUACAAACAAUAUAUUUUGGUACUCAUACAUGUGCUGUGAGAAUACUUAUGUGUGUGUGUACUGUUCUGAAGAUAAAUAUGUCAGUGCUUUUAUAGUUAUGUAAUUCAGAGGUUCAGAUGAUGGUUCUUGCAUUGCCUCUUUUUAUGAUUGUCUGAUUAAAGUUGUUGUUGUUAUUAUUUUUAUUAUUAUUAUUAUUAUUAUUAUUAUUAUUAUUAUUAAUUUCAUUUUCAUUAUUAUUAUUACUAUUAUUGCUAUUCGUAUCAUUAUUAUUUAUAUUUAUGUCCUUGUUUUUAUUGUUGUCAGCCAUGAUCAUGAGGAAUAUAUAUUUUUUCUAUUAUCUCUCUCUCUUUCUUUCUUUCUUUCUUUCUUUCUUUCUUUCUUUCUUUCUUUCUUUCUUUCUUUCUUUCUUUCUUUCUUUCUUUCUU